UGUGACCUUUUUCCAAGUUCCAACAUUAAUUAGCAACAUGGAAUAUAAAUACAUUUCUGGAAAAAAGUUAAUGAAACUAGAAAUAGUAUACAUUUCUUUCUUUCUUUCUUGCUUCCUCCUUCUUUUUAGGUUUCUACUCCGAUAGAUUAUCCUUUCGUGUUCAUACUACAUCAAGAUGCAACUAAUAGCUAGUAGCAUGGAAAAGUGGAUGGUAUAUGCUAUCUUAUUAGUGUCAAUACUAGGGUGGUUCUACUUAUUAUGGUGGUGGAAUGAGAUAUGGUACGUGAGGCCGGUUACUACAAGGUGUUCAACACUCAAAAUCAAAAUGCCUCCGGGCCACUUGGGCUUCCCUUUCUUUGGAGAAGCCCUCUCUUUUCUAUGGUUCUUUAACAUCAUCGGCUGCCCCGAUGAUUUUAUCUCCUCCAAGAGACACAAGUAUGGAGAUAAUGUGGGAAUUUACAGAAGCCAUUUGUAUGGGUCACCAAGCAUCAUAGCAUGUUCCCCGUCUCUGUGCAAAUUUGUACUGAAUUCAAGUGACAAAUUUGUACAAGAUUGGCCAACCACCCAAGUUUUAGGAACUAAUUCUGUAAUAACACUUGAUGAAGGUCCACGACAUGGUGUUAUCAAGAGUUUUAUUGUCAAAUCUAUCAACCGUCCCAAUUCACUUUCUUCUAUUGUGCUCCAAAUCCAGCCUACCAUUGUUGCUGCCCUUCAAUUAUGGUCUCAAAUGUCUAAAAUUAAGACAUUUGAUCAAGUUAAAAAGGUAACACUUGAUUACACAAUGAAAUAUACCGCUAAACUUGAAGGCGAUACAGAUACUAGAAAUGGAUACUAUUGAGAAGCUAUUUGAGGGUAUAGUUUAUGGCUUUAGAGCCCAACCAUGGAACAUUCCUGGAACAACUUAUCAUCAUGCCCUCAAGUGUCGGAAGAAGAUAACCGAGAAGCUGAAAAAGGAGCUAGACAAAAGGAGGCAGAAGAAGAAGAAUGAAAGUGCAGAAGGAGAGACGACUACAAAUGAUCUAAUGGAUGGUUUAAUAAAGAUGAAGGAUGAAGAAGGGAGACAAUUAAGCGACGAAGAGGUGUUAGAUAAUGUUGUGAGCACCAUCCUUGUUGGCCAUGUUUCCAUUGCUUAUGCAGUCACCUGGUCUCUUCUAUUUUUAGCUAAAUCCCCUCAUGUUCUUCUAAAACUUCGGGAGGAGAACAACGCUAUGUCUAAGGAGAAGAACAACGGGUGCAUCACAUAUGAAGAUAUAUCAAAGCUCAAGUAUACCAAUAAGGUUGCGGAAGAAACAAUUAGAAUGGCAAACCUCUCUGCAUUUGUUUUCAGGAAAGCCAUUGAUGACAUUGAAUUUAAAGGUUACAUAAUACCAAAAGGUUGGAGUGUUAUUGUUUGGCUAAGGGAACUCCACAACGAUCCAUCAAAUUUUGAAGAUUCAAUGUCAUUUAACCCAGAUAGAUGGGAUACGCGCCCGACCCAUGGAACAUAUCAACCCUUUGGAGGAGGAUCAAGAUCUUGUCCGGGAAGCGCGCUCGUUCGAGUCUCUUUAGCUAUUUUCCUUCAUCAUUUGUCCAUUGGCUACAAAUGGGAAUUGCUUAAUCCUGGAGCAAGGGUCAAUUAUCUUUCACAUCCAUUACCUAUUGAUGGCCUUGAAAUUACUUUUACCAAAAUUUAAGGAACUAAGGCUACUAAAAUUAUUUGUGUAACUUAUUAUAAACUCAAUUAAUUAGAUGUUUUUAUGUAUGCAUCCAUACCUAGUAUUUAAAAAGCGAAAUUAUAGAUGAUUAGAUGACACGCCAUCCACCAAUUUAGGUUUUUUCUUUUCAAUUUUCUCUUUUGUGUUUGCUACUACCUCCGUUUCUGAAAGUUCUUUACACUUUGGAAAAUGUGUCCAAAGUAUAAAAACUUUGACCGUAGAUUCUCACUAUUAUAUACAUCA